AUGCCGCCGAAGAAAGCGGCGCCGUCGAAGGCGGAGCUGGCCAAGAAGCAGAAGGUCGUGGAGGACAAGACCUUCGGGCUCAAGAACAAGAACAAGAGCAAGAACGUCCAGAAGUACGUCCAGUCCCUGCACCAGGCCGUCCAGCCCAAGCCUGACCCGUCCAAGACCGCCGCCAAGAAGAAGAAGGAGGAGGAGAUGGCGCGCGAGAAGGAGCUUAAUGAUCUGUUCAAGGUUGCCGUCAGCCAGCCCAAGGUCCCUGUUGGUGUUGAUCCCAAGUCAAUAGUGUGUGAGUUCUUCAAGGCUGGCCAGUGCCAGAAGGGUUUUAAGUGCAAAUUCUCUCAUGACCUGAAUGUCCAGAGGAAGGGUGAAAAGAUUGAUAUCUACACAGACAAGCGUGAUGCAGAAACCAUGGAGGACUGGGAUCAGGAAACUCUCGAGAAGGUUGUUGAAUCUAAAAAGACGGAGUAUCAGCAAAACAAACCUACCGAUAUUGUAUGCAAGUACUUUCUUGAUGCUGUGGAGAAGAAACAGUAUGGAUGGUUCUGGGUUUGCCCAAAUGGUGGCAAAGAGUGCCAUUACAGGCAUGCCCUUCCGCCCGGAUAUGUACUGAAAUCACAAAUGAAGGCCUUACUAGAGGAAGAGAGUGAGAAGAUAGCUAUUGAAGAUGAGAUUGAAGAUCAGCGUAAAAAGACAAAGACUACAACCCCUAUGACGACGGAAUUAUUCAUGGAAUGGAAGAGGAAGAAGGCAGAAGAAAGAGAAGCUGGUCAGGCUGCCUUGAAAGCUGAGAGGGCUAAGAAUGAUCGCAUGAGUGGUCGUGAGUUGUUCAUGGUUGAUGCAAGUGUGUUCGUUGAUGAUGCUGAAGCAUAUGAAGUAUAUGAAAGAGAGGAAGAGUCUGAGGCCAAUGAAGAAUCGAGCAAUAAAAGUCAGGAUGCAGGUCCAAGUUCAUCAACAUGUAAUGGCAAGGAGGUUGAGGAGCCUGACGACGAAGAUAUCGAUGUUGAUGAUGACUUAGACAUUGAUGAAUUGAAUGAACUUGAAGCAAGCCUGUCGAGAACUUCCAUCCAAAUUCGAGAGCCUGGCGAGGGAACAUCAUCUUGA